AAGAUUGGACUGCAGAUGAUGAACAGAGGGAACGAAGAAAUGGGUGAGAGGAAAGAGGUGGAGGGAGGAAAGUAGGAGUUACUUCUUAGUGUGAGGCUUUAUAAACCUUUGGCAGAUUUUUACCCAUGAAGUUCUUGACCAUUUGAACACAUGCCGGGAUCACUUUGUGCAAAGGAAUCGCAACCCCUAAUGGCACAACCUGACCUGAAGCAUGAGAAUGAGAAGCAGGUGGACGCCCCUGUCCAGACGGCACGAACCUCGUGCCUGCGCAGGGCCAAGUCUCGCUUUCUGAGGGGCAUCUCCUACUUCUAUGGAGACAUGGCAGUUUUUGCAAAGUGGAUGGAAAAGCAGUUUUUCUUGCUGCAGUUACUGGACUGGGUCCUGCGUGGGGCUGCCCAGGUCAUGUUUGUGAACAACCCGCUGAGCGGCCUCAUUAUCUUUGCCGGCCUCAUCCUGCAGAACUACUGGUGGGCACUCAACGGCUUUGUGGGGACUCUUUUCGCCACCAUUUCAGCCCUCAUUCUGCGACAGAACAGGGGUGCAAUUGCUGCAGGACUGUAUGGAUACAACGGUAUCCUAGUGGGCUUGCUGAUGGCUGUCUUCUCCAAUGCAGGAAACUGGUACUGGUGGCUCUUGCUGCCCAACAUCUUCCUGUCCAUGAUGUGUCCAAUCGUGUCCAGUGCCUUGGCAUCCAUUAACAGUCGCUGGGAUCUGCCAGUGUUCACGCUGCCCUUCAACAUCCUGGUGUGCCUCCACAUGGUGGCCACAGGUCACUACAACCACCACUUCCCCCAAGUCCUCAUCCAACCACGGACUGAGCUGCCAAAUAUCACCUGGGAGGAAAUCGAUGUUGCCAAGCUGUUCAUGUCCGUGCCUGUGGGGAUAGGCCAGGUCUACGGCUGUGACAAUCCUUGGACAGGAGGCAUGUUCAUCAUCUCACUCUUGAUCUCCUCCCCGAUCACGUGCGCUCACGCUGUCCUCGGGUCUACAAUUGGCAUGCUUUCGGGCCUGGCUUUGGCAGCUCCGUUUGGUGCGAUUUAUUUUGGCCUAUGGGGUUACAACUGCGUGCUAGCCUGCAUUGCCAUUGGAGGAAUGUUUUAUGCUCUGACUUGGCAAGUGCACCUGCUUGCUAUUACUUGUGGAUUUUUCUGCGCAUACCUGGGCUCUGCCAUCGCCAACAUCAUGUCCGCGUUUGGUCUGCCAGCCUGCACAUGGCCCUUCUGUCUCUCUGCACUUACAUUUUUGCUCAUCACCACAGAAACCAAUAAGAUCUUUAAGCUGCCACUUGCCAAAGUCACCUACCCAGAGAAAAAUCUGUGCUACUUCUGGAAGAUGAAGAAGCAGGAGAAACAGGAGAAGAUGGAAGAAGAUUUGAAAAAGGAAGAGGAGCAGCGGAGGGGUAAUGAGGAAGCGAUAGCCAAUGAGAAAAUACAGCUGGGCCUCAACCUUCGAGCCACGGAAGAAGCCGGCAUGACACAAAUAGUCACGGUGCCCGAGGCACAGAGCGAGCAGUGGGACGCCGGUGGAGAACAAACCACAGAAUACUUCCCAACAGAAGAAACACUUGCAAACUAUGUUUAAAAGAGACACAGAGCAGAGGAGAGACAAUGAAAGUGCAUCAAGUUGUAUAGUGAAAUCCCUACUGAAUUUUCUAUCUGACAACUCACUCCAAAUGGACAAUGUCACCAAUUACUCUGUUGGUAUUAUGUUGACUGUCAGAAUGCAUAUAUAUUUAUUAUGGAGAGAGCUUUUAAGGUUGUUUUUUUUUUACGCUUGGAUUCUUUGAUUAGUCAUGUUAGUUACACAUGAAAGUAUUGUUGCCCAGCAGAAAACAAACCAGAGUGCAACAAAGUGCCAACAUAUUGUAAAAUAAAUCAGUAUUCCCUAAUCUCUUUAUGCUAUGCAAUAUUUAUAUUGUUUAUGACAAUCAUGCUGCUUGUUUCUGUUUUGAACAGAUUUUCCAGUUGAGUCAAUAUAAAUGUAUACUUUUAUUUUAUCAUCUCAGUUGUUCAUUUCCUUUUAGACGUGUAUGCGUAAAUAUAUUUUGAUUAUCACCCCUGCGUGUUAUGACUGAGCAAGUUUGUGUGAUUUGACUUGCUUACAGUUUUUUCUUUCCGACUGCGUAAACACUGAAAUCGAGAGUAUGACACAAUUAUCCAAAAAAAACCUUACACUAGAGAAGCAAAAAAAAAAAUGGCUCAGAUUUGCACCACUAUGCAACACGAUGUCAGCGACACGCUUUUUGCAAAACAAUACACACAAUGAGUUGAAAACCACUAAACACACAUUAGCCUCACGCUUUUUGCAAAACAAUACACACAAUGAUUUGAAAACCACUAAAUACACGUUAGACACGGAAGCGUUUCAUGCUGUCAAUUGCAAUUCCAAAGCACUGACUGUCAAAUUAGAACACCAACAAAGGAGGAGAACAAAGAAAAACAGGAGCACAUUUUUUAAAAUGAAAUUCGCACAACAACAGUUGACAAUGUUGUGGACCACGGACUGACGCUGAGGGAGGCUGGACUCAAGAGUUCAGCCAAAACUUAGCAGAGUUUCAGUGGCAUCUAACAUGAGGACAUUUCAAGAAGAAAAUGGGUACAACAUUUUUUGAAAAGCCUACAGUUAAAGCAAUCAGCUGCUUGCAGUAUUCUAUGCACUAUAUCAGCACUUUUGAUACCCCUUCCUAUGACAUUUUAAUGCAGGUUAGAUGUAUUUUUUUUUCUACAUAGGAUCGGGGGUCAACAACAACAUGGCGGAAGGGGGACAUAUUCACUAAGAACGAGAGGAACCAUAAAUAUGAUGAACAUUGAAAUUCUCUGACCAGAUCCAGCUAGGCGAAGAGAUAAUGUCUAAUAUUUUCUGUACUCUAAUUUCAUUUUUUUCCCUUCAGAUUUGUGUGUGUGUUUGUUUUACCGUAAUUGUAACCUAUUGGAUACACUAUUUUAUGCUUGUCUGAUAUUUGCUGAACUUAAAAGUAAAAACCAGUACAUGUUUUUUGUGAUUCUCCAU